AUGCAGGUGGGUGCAGGGCUGCGUUUGACAGACGGCGCUCUGGUGGUGGUCGACUGCAUGGAGGGCAUGCGCCUCCUCACCGAGACGGCGCUGCGGUAUGCGCUGUCGGAGAGAGUGAAGCCGGUGCUCGUAAUAAGCAAGCUCGACCAAGCCAUACUGGAGCACAAACUGAAGCCCGAGGCUCUGUACGAACGUUUGUGUGCGAUCGUUGCGGCGUUCAACGGCCUGGUCUCCACCCUGCGAUCCGAAGGCAUGAGCGACUCGCUGGCGCGACCAGACGAAGGCUCGGUCGUGUUCGCCUCGGGUCUCCAUGGCUGGGGCUUCACACUGCACACAUUCGCCGAGAGGCUCCGGAAGGCACUUGGCGGUGAAGGCGAGGCGGCGCAAAUCACAAAGCGUCUGUGGGGUGACCACUUCUAUGACCCCGACACGAAGACAUGGCUUACGACCAGUGUAUGCCACACGACGGGUAAGAAGCUGCGCCGCGGCUUUUGUCGGUUCGUGCUGGAACCCAUCUACAAGAUCAUCCGCGGAUGCCUGGGCGGGUCCGAUAAGCGUCGAUUCCGCAAGACACACCUCCGCCAGCUGGACAUCAAACUCGACGGCUACGACCACAUCUCUGAUGCCACGGAAGUGAUGAAGAGCACAAUGGCCACGCUUCUUCCGCUACCCGGUGCGUUGGUGAAGACGAUCGCUGAGCAUUUGCCAUCGCCUAUGGAGGCCCAAGUGUACCGCGCGGAGGUACUGUACGCGGGCUCAGCGGACGACGAAUGCUCCAUGGCCAUCGCGCGCUGUGACGAAGACGGACCGCUGAUGCUGCACAUUGCCAAGCUUGUGCUAUCUCCGGGGCACGACGCCAAGGAGCGAACCUUCUACGCUUUGGGUCGCGUGUUCGCAGGCACCGUCGUGCGCGUCUUGGCUUCAUCACACAACCGAUUCUACUGGGACAGGCCCGAGAGCAAGCUGGGGUCGGUGGCGGGCCUAUACGCUGUCGUGCACGGUCGCUUCGAGCCCGUGGAUGCUGCCACGGCAGGCGACAUUGUGAUCCUUCCAGACGACUGCUUCUUCGACUCCGGCACCAUCACCUCGAGCGAUAUCACGCUCAAGCACAGCUUCAGGCCUAUACUGAGACCUUCUUUCGUCAUAGGGACAGCGCUUCAGUUAAAGUGUUGGCUGGACGAAUACGCUGACGAGGGGCUGGUGAUCUGCGGCGCGGGCACGCAGCCCCUAGAGCUCCUCGUGGGCCGGGCGACCACAUAUCUUGCCUCGCUGGGGGUCGAGUUCACUUCGCACUCGGCACCGGCGGUCUCCCUGCGAGAGACCGUGACCGCCCCGUCGAGCCAGGUGUGCCUCACCAAGUCGCCCAACAAAAACAACCGACUGUACAUGACCGCGGAGCCCCUCCCGCCGGGUCUGGCCGACGCCAUCGACACCCAUGACGUCGAUCCGUCUGCAGAUCCGCACAUUCUCAGCCGCCAGCUCUACACCUGGAACGUCGUGAUGUGGGGCUGGGGACCGAACGAAAGGGGUCCCAAUGCGCUGUUCGACAUGGUGCUGGACACCGGCCGGUACUGCUACCCGUACCGUCACGAGGUGAAGAGCGCCGUCGUGUCAGGGUUCAACUUCGCAACGCAGGAGGGCGUCUUGUGCGGCGAGCCCGUACGCGGCGUGCGCUUCAACCUGGUGGACACCACCCUGCACCCCGAUGCCAGGCGAAGAGGCGCCGGUCAGAUAAUACCAACGGCUCGUCGCGGGGUGUGGGCCGCGCUAAUGGCCGCGCAGCCGCGGCUCAUGGAGCCCGUCUAUCUGAUCGAGGCUCGCGCGAACGAGGCCAACAUCGACGCCGCGUGCGCCCUCAUCGCCCAACGGCGCGGCCAAGUUCUCUCGCCUCAUCCGGACCGCCGCACCAACGUCAACGACAGCACUGGCGGCCUGACCACCGACCACAAUGAGCCAAAGCACGCGAUAGUGGCGUACCUGCCGGUGGCCGAGUCAUUGGGCUUCUGGGCUGCUCUCCGCGAGGCCACUGGAGGCGCCAACGUGCAAUUCGUGUUCGACCACUGGCAGCUGGUGGAGGGAGAUCCACGCGACCCAAGCAGCCGCGCGGGACAGCUGGUGCUCGGCGUGCGACGACGCAAGGGCCUCAAGGAGGAGAUCCCCUCCCUCGACGACCUUGUGGACAAGCUCUGA